AUGAAGUCAGUCCUUGACAUCCCACAUGAGAUCCCUCACGUCCCCCCGCCGAAGACCUACCAGGGAGAUUUCUUUAAAGACGUUAAAGAGGCCCUGAUUGGGGUGGGGAUGAUCAACGUAGAUGAGAAAACUGGCUUCUGUACGCUAGAGAAAGACUUCAACAACAUCUCCAAGUUCUUGAAUCGUAUUUUGGGGAUGAAAGUCGCUGUCCAGAAUGCAUUGUUCAAAUAUUUCACCGAAAACCUGACCGCUGUCAUUCUGGAGGCAAAGAGAACAGGCCGCUGGGACAUGGGUAUCAUGGAUCUUGGCUCAGGUGAAGAGAAAGUGCGGAAACUUGAGAGCAGAGUGUUUGUGGGCAACUCAGCGACCAACACUGCCAGAACAGAACUGAGCAAGUUUGCUGUGGAGAAAGGCAUGCAUUGGCACAAAGCCUUGGAGCUCUGGAAACGGUGCGGCUCCCUGGACGAAGGCUUUUAUGUGUCACUGCAGGACCGAGUCUGCAAGAGGGUAGUCAUCCUGGUCGUGGUGCAGGGGCGCAAUAAGAAGAAGGAACUCAUGUAUAACAUCUACCGGCCCAAUGCGGGUCUGCAGGCCCGCUGCGAGACGAUGGAGGAGAUCAGGGCGAAGCACAAGAAAUGUCUGCCCGAUGUUGCCGAGCCACUGUGGGAGGAUCACUACAUCAAGUCGGAAACACAGUGCCAACACAAAUAUUUACAAGGUACCUGCUCCAAAGUUGCCCAGGGACGGGAAUGUAAUGCGGGGCUCCGAACCCGCUUCUAUCAUGUACUGAGUGGUUCUGUUUUGAGCGUAUGGAGCAAAGUGGAGAGUGUCCUCAGUGGCUUUAGUUCAAAUGUCGCUCGUAUGCAGAUCAUCCGCCUGCGAACAGAGGACAACCAGAGGAUAGUUGGAAGUAUCAUCCCCGCUCAAGCCGUUCCCGCCCUGGAGCGGGUCCUUGGCCAGGACUCUGCCAAGUCCUACACAGAAAAACACAACACUCUCUUCAACUAUCAGCCAUACAUUCCAGGCAACAGCAACACCAGUCAAACCAGCAGCAGCAGCAGUGCAGCCUUAAGCAGCAAUGACACUGUCAGCAACGGCAGCAGCAGUACCGCUGAUGAACAACAGGCCGAACCGCCAGAGUUGCUAAGCAUGCCGACUCUAGUCUGGUAG